AUGCGCACUCCGCCCCUGCCCGAGUCGCGCUCCCCUCUCACUGCCCCUAGCGGCCCCGUCGCGCCGCCCUUGCGGCCCCGUCGCGCCGCCCUCGCGGCCCCUUCUCGCCGCUUUCGCGGCCCCGGCGCCGCCUCUGCUGGCCCCGGCGCCCUACCCUCGCGACCCCGCGGCCCCACCCUCGCGGCCCCGGCGUCGCCCCUCGCGGCUUCGUCGCAGCCGCCCGCGACCCCACCGCCGCCCUUCGCGGCCCCGUCGCCCUUCACGCCGCCCGCGACCCCGUCGCCGCAGCCGCCCGCGACCCCAUCGCCGCAGCCGCCUGCGACCCUGUCGCCGCAGCCGCCAGCGACCCCGUCGUCGCAGCCGCCUGCGACCCCGUCGUCGCCGCCGCCCGCGACCCCGUCGCCCCCACCCGUGCGACCCCGGCGCCGCCCUCCGCGGCCACCCUUCGUGGCCCCGCCGCCUCCUGUCAGCGGCCCUGCCGCCCUUCACGGCUCCGCCGCCACCACCGAGCAGCCGAGCCGCCGAGACGCCGGCGCCGCCGAGCCGCCGUUGCCGCCGAGCUGCAGGCGCCGCCGAGCCGCCGUUGCCGCCGAGCUGCCGAGCCGCCGAGCCGCCGUUGCCGCCGAGCAGCUGCUGCCGCCGAGCCGCCGAGCCGCCGUUACCUGCCGUCGCGGCCCUAUUCCUGCCGGCGAACCUCGGUCCUUCUCGCCUGCCCGUGUCCUCACUUUUGACGCUGAGGGUCGGGCCAUUGACUUUGACGUCUGGGUAGAUGACCUGCAGCUUUUCCUGCUGAGCGAUAGGGCAGACGGUCUCUCCCUCUUUGACCUCACUUCUGGUGCCUCUCCUGCACCUGCUGCUGAUGCUGACGCCACUGUUCGCUCACAGUGGGCCACGCGCGAUGCUGCUGCCCGCCUUGCUGUGCGCCGCCACUUGCCGACCGCUGAGCGUGCGCACUUUAGUCAGUACAAGAGUGCUAAGACCUUGUACGACGCUGUAGUUGCACGCUACUCUUCCCCUGCCACUGCUGCGCUUAGCCGCCUCAUCCUACCGUACCUCUUCCCUGACCUCGCCGCUUUUCCCACUGUCGCUGACCUCAUUACGCACCUUCGCACUAGUGACACUCGCUACCGCGCUGCGCUUCCUGCUGAGUUCUGCGCCAAGAACCCCCCCCCCCCAUCGGGAGACGCCGCCCUGGCAAGGGCAAGGGGGGCAAGGGUGCUGGAGGAGCUAGCGGGGGCGGUGGAGGCGGAGGUGGAGGUGGUGGAGGGGGUGGGGGUGGCGGUGGGGGUGGUGGCGGGUUUGGGGGCGUCAGUGGCGUCAGUGGAGGCGGAGGCGGAGGCGGCGGUGGCGGUGGGAGCGGAGGUGGCGGAGGUGGCGGUAGUGGAGGAGGUAGCGGCGGAGGAGGUGGAGCUGGUCGGGGUGGCGCUGCACAGAGGGUUGGCUCCGGUGGUGGUCAGCGCCAGCAGCAGCAGCAGCGCGCUCGUGAGAUCCCCCCCCCUUAGCAGCUUCGUGAGUGGUACGCUGCACGUCAGCGGGCGUUGCUUUGGCCGCCUGACGGACGCUUGGCGUCACCAGUUCCCUGAGGCCACUGAGAUCCCUCGCUGGGGUGAGCUGUCUAGGGCGGGGGUUCCUAUCUUUGAUCUUGAUUAUGAUGCUAUUCUUGCUGCCAUGUAUGCUGUGACUAUUAGUGAUGAGGGUGACUGUUACCGGUGUUUUCCGCCUGACCCAGGCAUAGAGGCUGCUGCGCUAGGUGCUUGUGAGGCUGCUGCUCUAGGUGCCAGUGCGUCUGCCGCCCCAGGUGCCGGUGAGUCUGCGCUCUCAGGUACUGCGUCGUCUCCGGACACCCACACCUUCACCCUUGACUCGGGUGCUUCCCGCUCCUUCUUUCGAGACUGCACCACUCUCACGCCACUCAGUCGGCCCGUUGCAGUCUCCCUGGCGGACCCCUCUGGGGGUCCUGUCCUUGCCCACUACUCCACUGUCCUACCGUGUCCAGCGGUCCCGUCUGGCUCCCUGUCGGGUCUUUACCUCCCCUCGUUCUCUACGAACUUGGUGGCGGGUGCUGACCUGCAGGAUGGGGGAGUUGACCAGUUCACCCCUGCUCGUCAGCGGGUGACUCACUGCACGUGUGCGGACACGGGCCGACACUUGGCCACGUUUACCCGUCGGCCGGGGUCGAGCCUGUACACACUGACUACUGAGUCUCCUUUAGUCGCUGAGUCUGCUCAGGUAGCAGCGUCGGGUCAGGUGUUUGCUGCGGCGUCCAGGUCUGGUCCUGAGUCUGCCCCCUGCUCGUGUCGUCUCCUGUCCCACCGGACUCUCCUCUGGCACCACCGCCUUGGUCACCCCUCCCUGCCUCGUCUUCGAGGCAUGGCUUCCCGUCUUCUUGUCUCUGGCCUCCCCCGGUCCCUCCCUCCCCUUCCCUCGGGGCCUGCCCCCACCUGCGUUCCCUGCGUCGAGGGGCGGCAGCGCGCUGCCCCUCACUCCUCCGAGUUUCCCCCGACAGAGGCUCCGCUGCAGACGCUUCACAUGGACGUGUGGGGCCCAGCCCGCGUCCGUAGGCAGGGUCACGAGCGUUACUUCCUGCUGGUGGUUGACGACUACUCGCGUUACACCACAGUCUUCCCCUUGCGCAGCAAGGGUGACGUCACUGAGGUGUUGAUCGCCUGGAUCCGCGCAGCUCGUCUCCAGCUCCGGGAGAGUUUCGGCUCGGACUUUCCUGUUCUGCGUCUGCACUCCGACAGAGGCGGAGAGUUCUCCUCUGACCUUCUGCGGGCCUUCUGUCGUGCACGAGGCAUCCGCCAGACCUUCACGCUUCCGGACUCUCCACAGCAGAAUGGGAUUGCUGAGCGCCGCAUUGGCAUGAUCAUGGACGUCGCUCGUACGUCCAUGGUCCAUGCGGCUGCCCCCCAUUUUCUGUGGCCGUUUGCGGUACGGUACGCCGCGCAUCAGCUCAACCUUCACCCCCAGGUUUCCAGGCCGGAGACCUCCCCUGCUUUACUGUGGACGGGGAAGGUUGGCGAUGCGUCUGCGUUCCGUGUCUGGGGAUCUCGGGCGUUUGUCCGCGACUUGUCUGCGGACAAGCUGUCCUCUCGUGCUGUUCCCUGCGUCUUCCUUGGCUUCCCUCCUGACGCGCCUGGCUGGCAGUUCUACCACCCCACCUCGCGCCGUGUUCUGUCCUCCCAGGACGUCACCUUUGACGAGUCGGUUCCCUACUACCGUCUCUUCCCCUACCGCACUGCUGGUGUAAGGGCCUAA